GCAAUUUGCAAAGCACGGCGAGCGGAGGCCAGAUCAAAAAGUAGCACGGCGCAGCGAGCCAGCGAUAUACCACAUGACACAUGUCCACACCCCUCUGCGUUCGGUCACCAAACAGUCAGCGCAGGGCAGGGCAGCCUGAAAGAAAGCGGCGGCGGCAGCAGGUCACUGGCUCACUGCUCUGUCCUCUCGUCUCCAGAGUUCAGACCACCGCAUCGCCAUGGCGCCGCCGCAGACGAUCCCCCGGCGCGGCCUCUUCAUUGGCGGGGCCUGGAGGGAGCCGUGCCUCGGGCGCCGCCUGCCCGUCGUCAACCCGGCCACCGAGGCCACCAUCGAUUAAAGACAGGAAAUCUGAGCUGGCUUUGCUGGAGACACUUGAUUCUGGAAAGCCUCUGGAUGAAGCAAGUGGAGACAUGGACGAUGUCGCUGCAUGCUUUGAGUACUAUGCUGAUCUGGCAGAAGCUUUAGAUGGGAAGCAACAGUCACCGAUCUCUCUGCCUAUGGAAAACUUUAAGUCGUAUGUACUUAAAGAACCCAUUGGGGUUGUUGGACUGAUCACUCCUUGGAAUUAUCCUCUGUUGAUGGCAACUUGGAAGGUCGCACCUGCCUUGGCUGCUGGGUGUACAACUAUAUUAAAACCUUCAGAGUUGGCUUCUGUGAGCUGCUUAGAGCUUGGUGCAAUAUGUAUGGAAAUAGGCCUACCACCAGGUGUCUUGAACAUAAUUACUGGUCUGGGCCCUGAAGCUGGUGCUCCAUUAUCCUCACAUUCCCAUGUGGAUAAGGUUGCUUUUACUGGAAGUACAGAGACUGGUAAGAGGAUAAUGAUUUCAGCUGCCCAAAUGGUUAAGCCUGUUUCAUUAGAGCUUGGUGGGAAAAGUCCUCUUAUUGUCUUUGAUGACAUUGGUGACAUUGACAAAGCUGUUGAAUGGACCAUGUUUGGGAUCUUCGCGAAUGCUGGUCAAGUCUGCAGUGCUACUUCUCGUUUACUGCUGCAUGAGAAAAUUGCAAAGAAAUUCUUGGAUAGAUUGGUUGCAUGGGCAAAGAAUAUAAAAGUCUCAGAUCCACUGGAGGAAGGCUGCAGACUGGGUUCAGUUAUCAGUGAAGGACAGUACGAGAAGAUAAAGAAAUUCAUCUCGACUGCAAGAAGUGAAGGUGCCACAAUUCUGUAUGGAGGUGGCCGACCACAGCAUCUCAGAAGAGGGUUCUUUCUUGAACCUACAAUUAUAACAGAUGUUAGUACGUCAAUGCAAAUUUGGCAAGAGGAAGUCUUUGGACCAGUUAUCUGUGUUAAGGAGUUUAGGACAGAGAGUGAAGCUGUGGAACUUGCAAAUGAUACUCACUAUGGUUUAGCUGGUGCCGUGAUCUCCAAUGAUCAGGAGAGGUGCGAGCGCAUUUCAAAGGCUCUUCACUCUGGUAUUAUUUGGAUAAAUUGCUCGCAACCAUGCUUCGUCCAAGCUCCUUGGGGAGGGAACAAGCGGAGCGGUUUUGGUCGGGAGCUCGGAGAAUGGGGUCUUGAUAACUACCUGACAGUUAAGCAAGUCACCAAGUAUUGCUCGGAUGAACCGUGGGGAUGGUACCAGCCUCCAUCUAAGCUGUGAAGGGGCAUUCACUCCAGGGAAUGUAAUGCAUCAUUAACUGACAGCAUCAGUCCUGUUAAUGGACAGGAGCUCGUGUACAGUACAGUGCUCGUAAAAAAAGCUCUUUGAUGGUAAAGUUGCUUGCUGCUAUCACUACUCCAGACCAGAAUUCAGGACUGGAGAGUACGAUGUCAUGAGUUGUACUACUUGUUAGUCUGCACUCUUAUCAUUCGAAGUUUGGCAGUGGUGUGUAGUUGCACUUGGAAGAUUGCAAUAAUAAUAAAGAUAAUUGGAUAAUUGAUCCAUUUUAAUCA